AUGGGGAAGCUCAAGCAAGACUUAGAAUUUCGACUUUUGGGUACUGAUGAUUUCACAAAGAGAAAAGGAUGGAGCAGAGCCCUUUGGUUUCUUCUUGGAAUUAUAGUCAUAGCAUAUGUAGGUCUUGUACUCCAAGGGGACUUGAAAUUUUUGGGAGUGGGAAAUGAUGGCAAAUAUAAUGAGAGAAUCCGGUUUACCAAUAGCUACGUUGUUGAAUCACGGAAUGCUGUUGUUGCUGCUGAUGAUGGUCGAUGCUCUGAUAUAGGCAUAUCUGUUCUUAAAAUGGGGGGACAUGCCGUCGAUGCCACGGUUGCAACUGCACUAUGCCUCGGGGUAGUUAAUCCGAUGUCGAGUGGAAUAGGAGGUGGAGGUUUCAUGGUUGUUCUGUCUUCAUCAACAUCAGAUGCCGAAGCGUUUGACAUGAGAGAAACUGCUCCGGCCGCUGCUUCACAGAACAUGUAUGCCAAUAAUGCAAAGGCCAAAUCUGAGGGAGCACUGUCAACGGGCGUUCCUGGUGAGAUAGCUGGACUUCAUGUGGCUUGGUUGAAAUAUGGGCGGUUGCCUUGGAAAACUUUAGUCGAACCUGCGAUUAAUCUUGCUAAACAAGGAUUUGAGGUUGCUCCGUAUUUAGGAUCAUCAAUUGCUAGAAAGGCAGAGAUGAUAAUGGCUGAUCCAGGCUUACGACAAGUCUAUGCACCGAAGGGUAACUUGUUAAAAGCUGGCGAUAUAUGCUACAAUGUAGAACUUGGGAACAGCUUAGAGGCAGUCGCUGAACAAGGCCCUGAAGCAUUCUAUAAUGGAAAAGUUGGUGAAAAACUUGUUGAAGACGUGAGAAAAGCAGGUGGAAUUUUGACAAUGGCGGAUUUAAGAAAUUACAGAGUGGAUGUUACAGGUGCAGUUGCCGUAAAUGUUAUGGGAUACCAGAUACUAGGAAUGCCGCCUCCUUCAAGUGGAACGGUUGGGCUUUCUUUGAUUUUGAACAUUUUAGAAAGUUACAGAAGUCCUGAUGCUGUGAAAGGUCCUUUAGGUCUGCAUCGUCUAAUUGAAGCACUAAAACACAUGUUUGCUGUUCGAAUGUACCUGGGAGACCCCCAUUUUGAAAAUGUUAAUGGAGUGGUGUCCGACAUGGUUUCCCAAGAUUUUGCUAAGAGCAUUCAAGAAAAGAUAUUGGACAACACCACUUUCCCUCCCGAAUAUUAUAUGUACAGGUGGAAUCAGCUUAGAGAUCAUGGUACAAGCCACUUUGGCAUUGUAGAUUCAGACCGAAAUGCUGUAUCCAUGACAACCACAGUGAAUUAUGCCUUUGGAGGUGGCGUUCUCUCCCCUUCCACUGGCAUUGUGCUCAACAAUGAAAUGGAUGAUUUCUCGACGCCAACUGAAAUAUCCCCUGACAAACUCCCUCCUGCUCCAACCAACUUUAUUAGACCAAACAAGCGACCAUUAUCGUCCAUGACCCCCAUCAUCAUCCUCAAGGAUAACCAAUUGGCUGGGGUGAUUGGGGGCAGUGGUGGCUUAAAUAUUAUUCCGGCAGUGGUUCAAGUUUUCAUUAACCAUUUUAUAUUGGGAAUGGAACCUUUAGCAGCUGUUAAGAGUGCGCGAGUCUACCACAAGCUUAUUCCAAAUGUUGUCUCAUAUGAGAACUGGACAGUCAUUGAUGGAGAACACAUUGAACUUUCUGAGGAAUAUAAGCAAUUCUUGAAAGAGAGAGGUCAUCAACUGCAGAGUAAAGCUGGGGGAGCAAUCUGCCAGCUUAUUGUUCAAAAUCUUGCAAAUUCGGUGGACUUAGGGAGAAAAAUUAGUAAAAAUGAGGUAUUUCGAGGAAUACUAACUGCUGUCAGUGAUCCUAGGAAAGAUGGCAAGCCGGCAGCAAUCUGA